AUGGUGAAAUGUGAUUCUUAUAUUGACUGCAACUCUCACGGAGAUUGCUCUGAUUCAUCUUGCAAAUGUGACACAGGCUGAUACGGUAGUAAUUGUGAAACAACUGGUUCAUCUGAAUGGGGCAGAGCUUGACCAGCUUAUAUUGCUAUAUAUGCAAUUUGCUACUACACAUUUUUAGGAUUUUCGUUGUUAAAGUUAUACAGAGUUAUGAACGCUGACUCAGUUAUAAGCUUACCAAGGCUAUUACGAAGACUUUUUAGAAGCCCUAAGCAUUUAAGUUUGGUGUUUAUCUGUUGUGUAUGUAUUUUGAGAGGAGUUUGGCUGUGCUCAGAUCCAUUGGGAUUUAACAAUCAUAUUAAUCGAAUCGGAGACAGAGUCUUAUAUGAAUUUGUUUUCCCUUUCUUAUUUGGAAUGUACUUAUGCGUUCUACUUGUAUGAGCAGGACUUUAUCAAGGUUUGAACCCGAAAAAAUCAGAUCCAUAUAGGAUAUUGAGAAAAUGUUUCCUUUGGAGUAUGAUUUUGGCAUUUCCUUUGACAGUUACUUUCACCUUAUUAAAAGGAUAUAGAGUUAAGCAAGAAAUUUGGUGAAUUUAUGGAACAUCUUUAUUAGGAAUAGGAAUUGUGAUGGUCAUAGGAGGUUUUGCUGGGUUCGGAUUACUUAUGAUAAAAUACAUCAAAAAAACUUCUCCAGUCGAUGAAAGUGUUGAGCAGAAAGACAUUUAUGAAAUUACAAAGCAAGAAUCUACUGGCUUUACUCAAAGGAAAACAAAUGAUGCUCAUAACACUAUUAAAACAUCAAGCUAUCAUCGAACAGCCUCAAUGGAACACCCAUCAUAUGAGCCAGCUAGCCUUGACUCUGCGUGUCCAAUGAGUUGAGCAGAAUGCUCUGAUUGAAUUAAUAGAGCCUCUUGAAAUAGCUUUGAUAGCGAGCAGCUUAAUAGAACUGAGGUCCUGCAGCAUUGCAAAACAACAAGAUUAAUGCAAGAAGAACCAAUUUUGAGGAAAAACUACACGCAUUUUAUCUUAAAUCUCACCCCAGAAGACAAAGCAGUCUUCACAAAAAUUGUAAAUAUUUCAUGAUUGUCUGCUCUCCUUGGGUGCUUUAUUUUGGUUCUAUUUGUUGCCUUUAUGUUAAGUGAUGCAGGAAGGGAUCCGACCUGAACAAUAAUAGGACUCUAUAUCUCAAUGCUCUUUGAAAUUUGCUCGUGCUUUCUUAUACUUUCAGUUUUUACAACACAAAUAAAAGUAGACUCGAAAGAGAGGCUGAAAUUUUCAUCAAAGAUUCUUCUUUCAAAGCAUCAUGAAGAGCCAGUUCUUUCAUAUCCAAAACAUCUGGCAUCUAUUGGUAAAAGACUGUAUUUUUAUUUUGCUUAA